CUCGAUCAUUUACAUCACUUAUCCUCUCUGCUAUAGUCGACCUUCUGCAUGAAAGUUUCAUUCUUCUUUACUUGAACAAUUUUUUAAAACGAAGUAAAAUAUGUCCGAAUUGA